UCGUCCGGAGUGCGCUGCUCGCGUACGUUUAAACGCAAUUAUACACGCACCGUUCACAUACCCGUCGUAUUAAAUGUGUUUUUCGUGUAUAGAAAAUGUUACAGUUGCAGUGUUAAGGGUUGUUUGAUAUUUAUACAGUCGGUGUCUUAUAUAGUGUUGCAUGAGUGACCAUAAUGGGGUGCUGGGUACGCGGGACGGACGCCAUUCACCGGCCAGUACUGAACAGCUAACAAAAUGCCAAACGGAGCCAGACUGCAUAGCAGUAGGUAGCAGACUGCGCGGCGCGAUGGGGACGCGCCCGCCGGCCGCGUUCUGGCCGCAGCUAUGGGCCACUGUGGUCAGGAACCUGCUGCUCAAGAAGCGAGAUACCAGAAAGACGCUCGCCGAAGUACUGGUUCCUCUCUAUUCCCUGGGGGUGCUGAUCUUCCUCAAGAUGCUGGUGCCGAACCCCAACUUUCCUGAAGUGAAGAAGCCGGGCCGCCUCCUCCGGAUCCAUCAUGAUGCAGUGUCUGACAACCACGUGGUGGCAGUGGUGGCAGACUGGUAUAAUAGUAAUGGGACUUUGGCAUUCCUAGACGAAGUGAACGUAAUGCUAACUGACUCUGGACAGCAUCCAAUUACUUGGAUCAGGUACAACAAUACAACAGAGCUGGAUGAUGCCUACCACGGUGAUGCUAAGAAGUUCCCGCUGGCUGUCAUCUUUCAUACUGACCCUAGUCUUUAUGGCGAACCAUUAAGGUAUACAAUACGAACUAAUCCAUCAAAAGACGGAGGAACGCCAUCCACUCGAACAUUGACAACUUCACCGGCAAAAUGUCGAGAUCGAACCAACACAGAUUGGUCCACGGACUGGUCCCGUGGGGGGCAAUUGAUACCACUUUCAGAGAUGCAUAGAGAAGACACUUGUCCAGUGUUACAGUACUACUAUACUGGGUUCCUGGCGUUGCAGACGCUGAUAGACUAUGUUAAAAUCAAGCUGGACACUGGCCAAGAAUUCCUUCCCCCAAGAGUAGACCUACUCCAAUUCCCCAAACGCCAGCACACCGGUGAUUGGCUGGUGAUCUUCCGGGUGAUCAUGCCGAUGUACAUGGUGAUGACGCUGUCACAGUUCAUCACCUACCUGCUGAUGCUGGUCGUGGGGGAGAAGGAGAAGAAGAUCAGGGAGGGCAUGCGGAUUAUGGGCUUGAAGGAUUCGGUUUAUUGGGGUUCCUGGUUUUUAAUCUACGCAGUUUUUGUUACAAUAUUAUCUAUUGUGAGCACAGUUCUCUUGUUUACUUUAAAGGUAUUUCAACACUCGUCUUAUAUCCUGAUAUUCCUUCUGAUGCUGCUGUUUGGAUUCACUAUUAUCACCUUCGCGUUUAUGUUGACGCCUUUCUUCGAUAAAGCCAGAACCGCAGGUAUUCUAGGCAGUUUUGCCGUCAACCUGAUGUCUGGGUUAUACUUCAUCCAAGUGUUUGUGUCCAACGCGGAUUCUCUCGCUUUCUGGUUCCUGUCCCUCAUCAGCUCCAGUUGUUAUGCUUUGGCUAUGGAUAAGGCGUUAGUAUUAGACAUGGCGGGGGUGGGAGUGACCUGGGAGAACUUAUGGAGUGGUCCCGGUGUGCCCUUCGGAGGGAGCCUCAUCAUGAUGGCCAUAGAUACCGUUAUCUAUGCCUUCACAGCGUAUUGGUUGGACGCUGUUAUACCUAGUGAAUACGGCAUUAAGCAGAAGCCCUGGUUCUGUCUGCUCCCUUCCUUCUGGCUUGGAAGCCGGCGAGGAAGAGUUUCUGCUGUUCACUUCCAUUCUAAUGGUGAUGCCCAUAAUAAGGAUAUUGAACCAGUGCCUAAAGAACUACAAGACAAAGAAGCGAUCAGAAUAGUCGGUCUCCAGAAAUCCUUCCGUCAUUGCCGCAAACCAGAGAUCAAAGCCAUCGACGGAAUAGACCUCAGCAUCUACGAGGGGCAGAUCACGGCUGUUCUGGGGCAUAAUGGGGCAGGGAAAUCUACACUGUUCAAUAUAUUGACUGGAUUAACUGCCCCUACUGCUGGAACCGCUUAUGUUUAUGGAUUGGAUGUUAGAGAUCCCAACGACAUGCAUGAAAUCCGCCAAAUGACUGGAGUUUGUCCUCAACAAGACGUGCUAUUUGAUUUAUUAUCCGUGAAGGAACAUUUGAAAUUCUUCGCAGCUAUAAAGGGUAUACCAAGCAAGCGAAUACCAGACGAGGUCCACAAAGCAGUAUCAGAAGUAGGUCUUCUGGACCAAAUGGACGUGUUCUCGAAGCAUCUAUCUGGCGGGCAGAAACGGAGAUUGAGUAUAGCCAUCGCUUUUAUUGGUGAUCCUAAGAUUAUUAUCCUCGACGAACCAACCGCGGGUGUAGAUCCGGUAUCAAGACGGAAAACAUGGCGCAUCUUGCAGCGAGCGAAACGUGGACGAGUUCUCUUACUGACCACGCACUUUAUGGACGAAGCUGAUAUACUUGGGGAUAGAAAAGCUGUUAUUAGCAAGGGCAGGGUACGCUGUGCUGGCACUUCGUUGUUUUUAAAAAAUAAAUUUGGUAUCGGAUACCAUUUAACACUGGUGUUGGAUGGAGCAUGUCGUGAGAACCAAAUCACUCGCCUGGUCCGCGGUCACGUGGGGCGCGCGGAAAAAGCGCGACGUCACGGCCGAGAGCUAUCCUAUAUUCUACCACAUUACGCAGUUCAUCUGUUCCCGCCGUUAUUCCAUGCGAUUGAAACGGAGAUACGGGAGAAGACUAAUCGGUUGGGUAUCACAAGUUACGGCGUAUCAAUGACAACAUUAGAAGAAGUGUUCCUAAGUUUAGAAGGUGAAAAUAUAGAAGAAAUGGAGUCGGUAGAAGGUGUAUCUUCUGUAAAGCUGGUGCGAGCUCGAGCGCUGUCCAGAAGUCUGUCGUUGCAAAGCAAAACUCUGAGCUACCAAGAGCUCAAUGAUAAGGAGCAACAAAAAACGACGUCACUCACUCCCCCCGCGUCCCACGCUCUCCACUCCACCACACAUGGAGUCGAACAUGUUAAGGUGACACCAGAUGUACCCGUCUCCGUAGAAGCACUAGGCGAGAUAGUGAAAACGAAUCCGUCAUGUUGGCGGACGUUCUGUGCGCUCGUGUACAUACGGACGGUCAGGAUGAUUAGAGACCCGUACAAACUAUAUGUUAUGAUCUUUAUGCCUAUCAUAUCCUGCGCUCUGGGACUCUACAUAAAAUCUCGUCAGAUCGUAUUUUUUCGAAUGCAACCUCUUAAAUUGGACCCCAAUGCAUACGCCAACAAGACCCCAACUGCUUUACAUACAGAAUUAAACGAUUUUCAAGUUGUUGACGAUUUCAAAACAUCCUUAGAAACAUUAGGAGCGUAUCCAAUAGGAUUGUUCGAUGGAAACUUCUCGAGCCUUCUAGAUAUGGAGAAUUUUGGCGCGUUCAGCUUGAAGGAAAGUCAGAUUCCAUACGGGAAUAUAUUGGCCUACUAUAAUAGCACUUAUACGCACAGUUUGCCUAUUAUUGUUAAUCUUUUGGACAAUAGUAUUUACAGGGUUUUAAUGUCAGCGUCAGGGCAAUUAGAAAACUUCAGGCCUAUAGAAGUCUUGACGCAUCCGUUCCAACAAACAGAACAGCCGGAGGAGUUUAAUCUCGGCAGUGUUGUGUGCGCCAUCUUUAUGGGGAUGAUAUUCGCGUUGGUCCCUGUUACUUUGGCUGUUGAUAUUGUUUACGAUAGAGAGAUUAAGGCGAAGAAUCAAUUGCGAGUGAAUGGUCUGUCCAUGAGUAUGUAUUUCCUUACGUACUUCACCAUUCUUAUCUUCAUCAUGAUACUAACGAGCGUCGGUGUAUUGGUACUUGUAAUAAUAAACGACAUUCCAAGCUUAACAAACGGAUCUGCGAUUACCAUGCUCACCGGGCUCCUCGUGUUGUACAGUCCUUCCGCCAUUUUGUUUAACACCUGUCUCUCUUAUAUCUUCGACAAGAUGGACUCCGCGCAGAGUAUCAUGCCUAAUAUUACCACCUGGGUUGGAGUUAUUCCUUUCGUUAUGGUCGCCUGUUUGGAUACUUUUAAGUGGGGUAAUGAAAUAGCGUUCUACCUCCACACGCUCUUCAGUUUCUUAGACGUUAUGUACAUACCGUACGCCAUUAUUUAUUAUGUGGAUAGGGUGUACCUAACGUGCAACCUGAGCGGGCCGUGCACAGUGCCAGCGCUGUCCAGCUACUUCACAGCGGAGGUGUGGGUGCUGAUCGGCGCCAUGUUGCUGCAUGUGCCGCUGUGUGGUGCUGCACUGCUGGCGGCCGACAGGCUCAAGUCGGGCGCUAGGAUAUGUCCGCGAAAGAAAAUUGAGCCAGACAAGUGUCUAGACUCAGAAUCAGAAGCAGGCGGUGAAGUGGGAGAGGACGAAGAUGUGCGACGCGAGCGGCGCCGGGUCGCCAACAUACUGCAGCAGAUACAGAGCAAGCAGGCGCAGCAACUACCUGCUUUGCUUGUACAUAAUCUACGUAAAGAAUACAAAAUAAGAAAUUCCGAAGUGACUUGGUGCGGUGACAAAGAUAGCGGGAAGCGUGCUGCUGUAGCGCGGCUGUCAUUGGCCGUGCAUGGCGGUGAGGUGUUUGGUCUAUUGGGCCACAAUGGCGCAGGGAAGACCACUACUAUGAAGAUUAUCACGGCUGAAGAGCGGUUGACUAACGGCACUGUAAUGCUCGGUGGCAAGAGCAUAGAAGAAGUACAGUCUAGUGCGUUCCAAAUGCUUGGUUACUGCCCACAACACGACGCGCUGUGGAAGAACGUCACCAUCCGAGAGCACAUUGAGUGUUAUGCCGCUAUACGUGGGAUUAGCAAGGCGGAUACACCAAGGAUAGUAGACGCAUACCUAAACGGUCUCCAAAUAAUGGAGCACGCAAGCAAGAACGCAGACGAAUGUUCCGGUGGCACUCGACGGAAGCUGUCGUUUGCCCUGGCGAUGGUGGGCAGCCCCCGGGUGGUGUUGCUGGAUGAACCCUCCACGGGGAUGGACCCCAGGAGUAAACGGUUCCUGUGGGAUACUAUAUUGGCUAGCUUCCAGGGUAGGAAAGGUGCUAUACUGACAACACAUUCCAUGGAGGAGGCUGACGCUUUGUGUUCCCGAGUUGGGAUCAUGGUCAAGGGAGGUCUGCGGUGUGUUGGCUCAACACAGCACCUCAAGAAUUUGUAUGGCGCGGGCUACACGCUCGAGAUGAAGAUUGGACAGAAUAAUCACAAGCAAACGGUACCUAUCAAAAUGAUGGAGUCUGACAUGUCAAUGUCACCUUCUCCCUUACGGUCUGGUAACAACUCGCCUUCGUUAGGUGAAGCUGAUGAAGGUGGUUCAGGCGGCGGUUCUGUAACAGCUGAAGUGGAAGUAGAAGGAGAAGCAGAUGCAGUAGACGUCAGUAUUCACACACCACUCGUGGGCAGCGCACCUCCAUUGCGGCAUCAUCACCAACGCACGGAGUCAAGUGGUGGUGCAAGCGCAGAAGCAGCAGUAGCUCUGGUCGCUCGGCUGUUCCCAGCGGCUGAGUUGGAGGAGAGCUUCGCUGAACGCCUCGUGUUCAGUGUCCCACAGCGGUCUGUGUCCAGCUUGGCGGACUGUUUCCAGCAGAUUGAGGCUGCGAAGGAAAGGCUGAACAUAGUCGAGUACAGCUUCAGCCAGACAACUCUAGAGCAGGUGUUCCUGAAGUUUGCGCAAACCGAGAACGUCGAGUCUUCGGACCAAGAGCAUUAGUUAUAUGACACGGUCGAUUUACUUGACGACAUUUUUUUUUUAUUUCAAUUAAUUCACCAACUUGACGACCUUUUUGUAUGUUGAUGAUGAUGAUGAUGAUGAUGAUAAAUGUUGUCUUAAAGCAGUAUUAAUUGUGAAAAAGUGAUGACACUACUUGAUCUAUAAAGAAAUAAUAAUAAUUCUGCUUUAAGAUAUUAUGGUUUGGACAUUUGAUACAGCGCCAUCUUGCGACGAAAUAGGGGAAUUUACGGGAAAGUUUGUAUGGAAGUUUGACAGUCGAUAAAAAUAUGUGGGUAGUGUUAUGUUUCUUUCAGUUUCAAGUAAUUUGGCAUAUGUAAGAGAGAAACACUAGUGAUUUGAAAACGUUUACAGACAGAAAAAAGGUUUUUAGAUAACUAUGCCGUAAAUCUUUCUGAGCAAGAACUUAGAAUUUUGUGUUGAAUUUUUAAUUCAUACAAAUACUUCCUAUUUUGUGAAUGGACGGACUAUAUUGUAUUAAAUGUCUAGGAGUAUUUUCUUUAUUUAAUAGUUUUUAUUUUAUAUCGAUACACGGAUAAAUACAUUCGGUCAUACUAUAAAAAUCAACGUCAAGUAAAUUAACCGUAUAAGGGCUGAUUUUUCAAUCCUUGGUUAAAACUUAUUCAUCGAAUAACGUAUUAAACUACCAUUUCAAAAAUGUAUUCUACUUGCCCGUAUUUGACAGUAAUUUACAGGUGACAUUUUAAUAAGUUCGUGUAAUACUUUAUUGGACGGAUAAAUUUUAACCAAGGAUUGAAAAAUCGGCCCUAAGUGCUUCUAACUGUAACAUAACCGCUUUAAAAUAAGUAGAUUUGUUUGAUUUUAAGCUUUUGUAUGUUUCCAAUGAGAGAAUAGGUAGUAUUUGACAUAAUAUUCAUGUAACGAUACAAUAUUUUAUAACCUUACCCACGCAUUGAGGUAAUUAAGAAUGGCGUAAUUUCAAAAAUUGUGAUUUUUCGAUAUAAAUUAAAAAUAAAAAAUAAAUAGCCAAUACUGCAGAAACAAUAUAUUCAAAAUUCUGAAUACCAGUAUAGAAUAUUAACAUAACGGUGCAUUUACAUCAAACGAACAUAGAACCAGAGCAAGAUUAUUCUUUUGUGAUAUUUUAUUUUAAACGAAAACUCGUAUUCCGUGUUGUAUUCGAACAUUGGUUAUAUAAUAGUUUCGAACACACUAAGAACAACGAAAGAAUGCUCUACGCCUGUUUACACUAAAAUAAAUUGACGUAUUGGGGUUAGAAUGAAUUCGCUCGUUUGAUGUAAACGAACCGUUAGAUGUCAGCCAAAUAAUACCUAAAUUGAUAUAAAAUAGAAUACAAGAAUAUUUUGAGGUUAAUCCAAUUUUUAAAACUACCCACCGUCCGAAAUUAUCCCAAUGCUACUUCAUUCUUAAUAACUAUUAAUUAUAUUCGGAAAUCUAACUCAGAGUUAGUAAGAACACCAAAUCUCGAUUAGUCUAUGUAAUUAGUAAAAAUGGGAUGGACUCUUAUUGACAGAUUUCAAACUACUGAUAGAUUGAAUUCGCUGUUAUCGUCAGUACAAAUAACACGCAAAUAAAUUAGGUAUUUAAACUAUGGCGAUAUGCGUAUUAAGGAAUAUGAAUGUAAAAUCUUUAAAACAACAAAGACGUUUUAUUAUUUUCUCAAAAGAUAGUUUAUGAAAAUUGAUUUCAAUGAAAUCGAUUUAAAAAAUAAUUGUCCGUAAAUUAUUGUAUCUAGAUUUGAAAUGCUUUGAAAGUAUUAAAAAUUUAUACUUUUUCAAAUUAUGCCCAUUGAGAUAAUAUUACUACGUAUGGAGGAGGCACCACGAGCAAAAUCUGUACGCCAUUUUUUUUGCUCUAGCUAAGUUUUAAAAAUUAUUAUCUAGUUAGGUACUUACCGAUGAAAGUUAUUCCUUUGCACUUUACCGUAUUAUUUGUGCAAUAUCGUAACACACACGAAGGCAUAUUUGAUGCGUUUCACUUUAAAACAAAUAAAAAAUGAGCGUGCAGUUACGCCAUAUGGCGUAUGUUGAGCGAAACAUAAGUGAUGUAGGCGGUGUCGUCUCCAUAUUAUGUAUAUCUCAAUGAUUAUGCCAGAAUUAUUUUUCCUUUGUUUUAACUAGCCAUACGAUUUUAAUAUUUAAAAAACUGGGUUGGGUAAUGUAAGUUUUCUAAAAAAAACAUGUGCACACAACCCGUAGACUAAAAAUGUUAUUUUGGAAAGUAAAAUUUAGUUAAGUAACCUUAGUAAAUAGUAAAAGACACUUUUAUAAUUAUGUAUGUAGCUUGUUUUGGAUUGGGCAGUUUGGGUUUUUUCCUUAGCGGGAAUACAGUGUCGUUAGUAAAUUGUUAAUUUAGAAUUGGCGAGUAAGUAAAUGUUGCUAGCUGUAAAAAAAAUAAGACGCAAUUUAAAAAUAACAACGUACUUGAUUAAACGCAAUUUCUUAAAGGACUUUACACGAUACAGUUUCUUUCUGAACUGGAAGUGAGAUUUUAAAAAGGAGAAAAUAAUAACUUUAGGAAAUUGCGUACAUUCAUUUCACGUUGGACAAAGUUGACAGCAACUCAAACAUGACAGCUUAAAAUUGCGCACAAAUGGCGCUUAAUUUAAAACACUAGCGUAAUGUUAAUAGAGUCGUUGACUUGUGAUAACUAAACUCUUCAUUAUAAUAUUCAUGUAAUAAUAAUAAUUAUAUUGAACAAUCGUG